AUGCGCCAGCUCGUCCUCGAGAACCAGGCUUUGCGAGAGGCAUUUGGCGAUACUCAGAAGAGGUUGAUGGAGCUCGAGGAUGAGAGACAAUGCUUCCUGGACGAAGGCGUGUACGAUGUGGUGAAUUCCAUCUGCGGCCAAACUGGUCUGUCUCCCAGAGCUGGUCUGACUGGGCUGAUGGGCGACGUGGACAACAGUGCUGCCAAGACAAACGGUGACGGCGCUGCCAUCACCUUUCAUAUCGGCAGCACGGACCCUUCCACGGAUCUCCUGGCGCUGGCGGGGUCGCCGUCAGUGCUGGCGGGAUCGCCAGCAGCACUGCCGCUGUCGCCCCUGUCUUUGGCUCAGAUGGUGGCAAGGAGAUCAGAGCAGGACCUACGGUCGGCGGAGCUCAGCGGCGAGAACGAGAAGCUCAGACGUGAGCUCGAGCGGACCACAAAGAUCCUGGAGGUGCUCGAGCAGCAGAGACAUGUGGCCGAGGACAAGAUGCUGGCACUUGAGCAGGAACAUGCAGUUCUUGUGCGAAGACUGGCGGAGAUGCAGACAGGGGUUAGCAACUUGGAGCUCUCUCCCGGCGAGUCCGACAUCAUGGACCUGGAGGCAUGGGCAACGUUAUUGCUAGAGAAGUCAGCAUAUCCUCCGUGCCGCCGCGCAUGCUGGAAGGACCACGCUCGCAAGGGCUCUGAAAGCAUGAGCGAGGUGGCCGUGCCCGUCAAAUGCGAUGUAGCCUUAGAAGCUCCACACAGACUUCAGAACCACCCCUGUGGCAGGUUGCGACAGAGCAGGUGCUGCUGCGGUGGGUUGUUUGCUGCAGUCCAUGUCAACUUGGUUGGGUCAGGCUUUGCAACAAGUACGAGUGCCCAGGUCUGGAAAUACAAGCUAACAGGAUUGUCAAUGCCUGUUGCUGAAAGCACAGCGUUGCUAUCUGCUGAGCUUUCAGAGUCCAUUUCCUGCAACUCGUUGACGCUCGUUGGCUCGUGUUUCAUUUGA